UUCAACUUGCUCGGCUCCGGGCGAGUUGAUUCACUUACUCACCCCCUAACGCCGAGUUCCUUUUCACUGUCUGUGGACAUUAAAAAAGCGAGCGGCGGCGGCGGGCGCCGGGGAGAGCGGGCGGCCGGGCGGCAGGCGGGCGAGCAGCGAUCGGGCGGCUGAGCGAGCGAGCAACGCCGGCGCAGCGCGGUGACCCCAGCCCCAGCCGGCGCGGAGCAGGAGCCGGAGCCGAGCGGAUCUCGGCGCCCUCGCUGCGCUCCUCCCGGCCCGAGCCUGCCCUACCCGGCGGUGGCGGCGGCGCGUCCUCCAGCGGCGGCAGCGGCGCUCGCAGCGCCCGGACUCACGGCAGCUUUAUUCUGAUUUCGUACUGCUGCUGGGGCUGCUGCCUCGUCCUCCAGACGCUCUCAGCAGACUUGAGUCCUGGUCCUUCGGCGGAGGCCUGAGCAGGAGGAAGAGGAGGAGGCCCAUUGGUGUCGGACCAAUGCUGCAAGGGGUGUGAGGAGAGGAGCUGCUGUUUUCACUGAGCUGCCAUACCCCAAAAGCAGGAUGGAGCUGGAGUGAGGUGGAGGGGCCGCGAGCUACUGACUGGCGCGUGGGCCACUGGUGAUUUGCAGAUUACUGAGCUCCAGUUUGGGAAACAGCAAGCACAUCUUGCCUCAUGACUGUUCUGGGACUCUCCACCGCUCCCCUGAGGCAUCUUUAGGGACCUGUGUUGGAGCCCAGGGGAACAUCUCUGCUUCAUAACUUCUGUGGAUUGCUCCAGUGGUGCCACUUCCAUCUGGCCCACCCUCAGGCUGGACAACGUUCAUGGCUCUCGGGUAGAACCCAGCGAAACGGCCAGAAUGAAUUCUAUGGACAGGCACAUCCAGCAGACCAAUGACCGACUGCAGUGCAUCAAGCAGCACUUACAGAAUCCUGCCAACUUCCACAAUGCUGCCACGGAGCUGCUGGACUGGUGUGGAGACCCACGGGCCUUCCAGCGGCCCUUUGAGCAGAGCCUGAUGGGCUGUUUGACGGUGGUCAGUCGGGUGGCAGCCCAGCAAGGCUUCGACCUGGACCUUGGCUACAGACUACUGGCUGUGUGUGCUGCAAACCGAGACAAGUUCACCCCGAAGUCUGCCGCCCUGUUGUCCUCCUGGUGUGAAGAGCUCGGCCGCCUGCUGCUGCUCCGACAUCAGAAGAGCCGCCAGAGUGAUCCCCCUGGGAAACUCCCCAUGCAGCCCCCCCUCAGCUCCAUGAGCUCCAUGAAACCCACUCUGUCACACAGUGAUGGGUCGUUCCCCUAUGACUCUGUCCCUUGGCAGCAGAACACCAACCAGCCUCCCGGCUCCCUCUCCGUGGUCACCACGGUUUGGGGAGUGACCAACACAUCCCAGAGCCAGGUCCUUGGGAACCCUAUGGCCAAUGCCAACAACCCCAUGAAUCCAGGCGGCAACCCCAUGGCGUCGGGCAUGACCACCAGCAACCCCGGCCUCAACUCCCCGCAGUUUGCGGGGCAGCAGCAGCAGUUCUCAGCCAAGGCUGGCCCCGCUCAGCCCUACAUCCAGCAGAGCAUGUAUGGCCGGCCCAACUACCCCGGCAGUGGGGGCUUUGGGGCCAGUUAUCCUGGGGGUCCUAACGCCCCCGCAGGCAUGGGCAUCCCUCCACACACCAGGCCGCCUGCUGACUUCACUCAGCCCGCGGCAGCCGCCGCAGCAGCGGCAGUGGCCGCAGCAGCAGCCACAGCUACGGCCACAGCCACGGCCACUGUGGCAGCCCUGCAGGAGACACAGAACAAGGAUAUAAACCAGUAUGGACCGGUCUGUUCCUCUUUCCAGAUGGGUCCCACCCAGGCGUAUAACAGCCAAUUCAUGAACCAGCCCGGGCCACGGGGGCCUGCCUCCAUGGGGGGCAGCAUGAACCCCGCGAGCAUGGCGGCUGGCAUGACGCCCUCGGGGAUGAGCGGCCCUCCCAUGGGCAUGAACCAGCCCCGGCCGCCCGGCAUCAGCCCCUUUGGCACGCACGGGCAGCGGAUGCCCCAGCAGACCUACCCAGGCCCCCGGCCCCAGUCCCUUCCUAUUCAGAACAUAAAGAGGCCAUACCCUGGAGAGCCCAACUAUGGAAACCAGCAAUAUGGACCAAACAGCCAGUUCCCCACCCAGCCAGGCCAGUACCCAACCCCCAACCCCCCGAGGCCACUCACCUCCCCCAACUACCCGGGACAGAGGAUGCCCAGCCAGCCGAGCUCCGGGCAGUACCCGCCCCCGACGGUCAACAUGGGGCAGUAUUACAAGCCAGAGCAGUUUAAUGGACAAAACAACACGUUCUCGGGAAGCAGCUACAGUAACUACAGCCAAGGGAAUGUCAACAGGCCUCCCAGGCCAGUUCCUGUGGCAAAUUACCCCCACUCGCCUGUUCCAGGGAACCCCACACCCCCCAUGACCCCUGGGAGCAGCAUCCCUCCAUACCUGUCCCCCAGCCAAGACGUCAAACCACCCUUCCCGCCAGACAUCAAGCCAAAUAUGAGCGCUCUGCCGCCACCCCCAGCCAACCACAAUGACGAGCUGCGGCUCACAUUCCCUGUGCGGGAUGGCGUGGUGCUGGAGCCCUUCCGCCUGGAGCACAACCUGGCUGUCAGCAACCAUGUGUUCCACCUGCGGCCCACGGUCCACCAGACGCUGAUGUGGAGGUCUGACCUGGAGCUGCAGUUCAAGUGCUACCACCACGAGGACCGGCAGAUGAACACCAACUGGCCCGCCUCGGUGCAGGUCAGCGUGAAUGCCACGCCCCUCACCAUUGAGCGCGGCGACAACAAGACCUCCCACAAGCCCCUGCAUCUGAAGCACGUGUGCCAGCCGGGUCGCAACACCAUCCAGAUCACCGUCACGGCUUGCUGCUGCUCACACCUCUUCGUGCUGCAGCUGGUGCACCGGCCCUCCGUCCGCUCUGUGCUGCAAGGACUCCUCAAGAAGCGCCUCCUGCCCGCAGAGCACUGUAUCACAAAAAUCAAGCGGAAUUUCAGCAGCGUGGCUGCCUCCUCGGGGAACACGACCCUCAACGGGGAGGAUGGGGUGGAGCAGACAGCCAUCAAGGUGUCUUUGAAGUGCCCCAUCACAUUCCGGCGCAUCCAGCUGCCUGCUCGAGGACACGAUUGCAAGCAUGUCCAGUGCUUUGACCUGGAGUCAUACCUGCAGCUGAAUUGCGAAAGAGGGACCUGGAGGUGUCCUGUGUGCAAUAAAACCGCUCUGCUGGAGGGCCUGGAGGUGGAUCAGUACAUGUGGGGAAUCCUGAAUGCCAUCCAACACUCCGAGUUUGAAGAGGUCACCAUCGAUCCCACAUGCAGCUGGCGGCCAGUGCCCAUCAAGUCGGACUUACACAUCAAGGACGACCCUGACGGCAUCCCCUCCAAGCGGUUCAAGACCAUGAGUCCCAGCCAGAUGAUCAUGCCCAAUGUCAUGGAGAUGAUCGCAGCCCUGGGCCCCGGCCCGUCCCCCUACCCCCUCCCGCCUCCCCCGGGGGGCACCAACUCCAACGACUACAGCAGCCAAGGCAACAACUACCAAGGCCAUGGCAACUUUGACUUCCCCCACGGGAACCCUGGAGGGACAUCCAUGAAUGACUUCAUGCACGGGCCCCCCCAACUCUCCCAUCCCCCGGACAUGCCCAACAACAUGGCCACCCUCGAGAAACCCCUCAGUCACCCCAUGCAGGAAACUAUGCCACACGCUGGCAGCUCUGACCAGCCCCACCCCUCCAUACAACAAGGUUUGCACGUACCACACCCCAGCAGCCAGUCAGGGCCUCCAUUACAUCACAGUGGGGCUCCUCCUCCUCCUCCUUCCCAGCCUCCCCGGCAGCCGCCACAGGCCGCUCCCAGCAGCCAUCCACACAGCGACCUGACCUUUAACCCCUCCUCAGCCUUAGAGGGUCAGGCCGGAGCGCAGGGAGCAUCCGACAUGCCGGAGCCUUCGCUGGAUCUCCUUCCCGAACUCACAAAUCCUGACGAGCUCCUGUCUUACCUGGACCCCCCCGACCUGCCGAGCAAUAGUAACGAUGACCUCCUGUCUCUGUUUGAGAACAACUGAAGGCCACCCAGUCGGGGCCAUCCCUCCACACUCUGCCUCCCACCCCACCUGCCCUACACACUUUUCCACCUGGGAGCCUGUGCCCUCAGACCGCCCCUCACCAGAGCCACAGGCUGUGGGGCGGGAAACCCUCCCCUGCUGCAGCCCUCUCAAAACAGAGGGGUAGGGAGGGUGCGCCGGGAAGGCUGUGUGGGUCUGGAGUCCCCGUCCCGCCUGCACGCCCUGCGCUUGGGCCCAUGUCCAGCGCAGGCCUGAAGACCACCCUCCCGAGAGGAACCAGCCCGGUAAGAGGGCGCACGCCGAUGUGGCUUCCCGGUCCCUCCGCGUGUGCCGAUUCCAGAUGACCUUCCAGUGUCCCCAAGGUUCUUCCAUCUUUUAGACUGUAACCCUGCCUCCCUGCUUCCUGGUCCAGAGCCUCCCUUAAGUGACUGUGGAGCCUGAGAAGGCCCCCGGGCCCCAGCACGGGCCCCGAGCCUUGGAGGAGCGCUGGCAGUUGGUGGCAGUGAGACUAGCCCACCCACCACCACCCACCACAGAAAAGCACAAACCUCUGGGAAAGACUACGUCUCUCGGGGCCACCGGUCAUCGGUUUGACCCCUGACCUUUAAGCCAAGAUACCCGAUAAACACACUCUCUCAGAAAGCAGAGAAAAAGGACAAGAUUCUGUGUUUGAGAGGGAGUCUGCCAUUCCUGCUUGGGGACUGGUGGGAAAGAGGGCCAGGACAUUUCUGAGGCUCCACCUCCAAGCUCAGACAGGACCCAGCCUUGGGGGACAGAGAGCAGGUGUGCGCCCAACCAAAGUGAUUGUGCCCUUGGUUGGGGGGCAGGGGCAUAUAACCUGUCAGAAUCAAACAGGAGCGGCAACUUCUAACUUUGCUCCAAGCCACUCUCUUUUUAAACAGCAACGAUUUAAAGCUAUGAAGUCACCUGGAGAAAAGGAACGUUGCGCUUGGACAGCAAGCAAACCAUUUCUGUCUGUGUGUUCUGUUUUUCUCCUAGUCCCUCUCCUGCCACCUCUCCAAGACUUCCAUGGGACGCCCACUUCCCUCUGUGUCCUAGUUCUCUUUGUCCAAUCAGAUGGCAAGGGCAGUGUGUGGAAAGGCUGGGAAGGUGCAGAAACCAGAGCCCAGGGCAAUGGUGUCUGUCCAGCCCCUCCCUCUGUCCUUGUGCUCCAAGCUACCCCCGGCUGCAGCCCAGGCUAUGGCCAUGUGCACUAGUAUGUACCUGCAGAUAUGGGGGGAGGAGGGGACCGUGUUUCUGGGCCUGCCCCAGACACUGCCCUUGGCUGCCAGCCUCCCCUGCCUGCACUCCUCCACCAUCACAAUCUCACCCCACACUCCUGCUCGCUCAAGCAAAAGCAGCCUCUGGCCUUCCCUCCACCGCUUUGCUCCAUCUGGCUUACCACUCUCCAGGGCCUCCUGGGGAGCUUGUCCUGUGUUCGCUUUGUUUCAGGGGUCCCAUCUGUAAAUUCUUUGCACCCU